AUGAACUUGGACAAUUUCCAGAAAGCCCUAUCGGAACUCCAAACCCGCUGCAACGGCCUGGUUCAAAACCUAACCACCAACCUAAACCGUUUCCCGAAAUCUCCUCCGUGGGCCCGCAUAGCCCCAAUCAGGCCAUUGACGGCGGAGACAAUCGAGCAGCGUCUGGAGGGAGUUCCCGUUUACGCUCUCAGCAACGCCGCAGACGAGUUCAUGUUGGUAUCUGGUGCUUCCACCGGUAGAAAUUUGGGGCUCUUUUGCUUCAAUAAAGAAGACGCUGAAGCGUUACUUCAUCAAGUAACCGCUAUUGACCCUCUCAUGCCUCAAGGUUCCAAAGUCGUUCCCGUUGCUCUCAACAAGGUAUUUCAACUCAAAGUAAAUGGUGUUGCGUUCAGAUUGAUACCUGAAUUCUCUCAAGUUAAGAAUGCACUGCAAGAGAGGGAAAAAUCUGGUAUUCCUUCCAGUGACUUUUUUGGUGUUCCAGUUUUCCAGUCCCGAAGUUUGAUAUUGAAGAACCAGACAAAGAGAUAUCGUCCACUCUUCUUUAGAAAGGAGGAUUUAGAAAACUCAAUUGAAAAGGCGUCUGGUCAGCUGAAUAGAGUAAAAUUAUCUACCGGACAAGGGGACAUAGAGGUUGCUUCUCUAGAGGAUGUAAUAAAGGAAAUGAAGGAAAAUUCUACAUCAAAAUGGGAUGAUGUUAUUUUUAUACCUCCUGGAUUUGAUGUUUCAAGUGCAACUGACCCCAAUCUGCUAUAG